UGGAACGGUGAAUCUUUGCCAAUCUUGUUAGGGUGCUGCUCCUCUCGCUCUCUCGCGCGCUCUCUUCCUCACACUCUCUCGCUCACUCAAUUCAGUCUUACUUCGUCUUCAGGAACAUCGGCCUUAUUGACUUCGUUGAACGAACGCUUCACCUGUGACCUUGAGAGAAAGCUACCCCCCAGUGCUGCAUUUUGUAUUUUGAGGAGGAGGAGGAGUAUUUUUACAAGGAGGAUACAGAGGGGUUGUGCGUGACGUGAAAGGGUUGUGGAAGAGUUUUUGAGUUUUGGUAUUGGUUGUGUAACGUAUCAGCAGUCAUGUUCGGGCGUAUGCCGAAGAAGAGUGAUAACACGAAGUAUUAUGAUGUUCUCGGGGUGUCGAAAAGCGCAUCGCAGGAUGAGCUGAAGAGAGCAUAUAGGAAAGCGGCAAUCAAGAAUCACCCGGACAAGGGUGGAGAUCCCGAGAAGUUCAAGGAGCUUUCCCAGGCAUAUGAGGUUUUGAGUGAUCCCGAGAAGCGUGACUUGUAUGAUCAGUAUGGGGAGGAUGCCCUGAAGGAGGGGAUGGGCGGAGGCGGUGGCGGACACAAUCCAUUUGAUAUCUUUGAGUCGUUCUUUGGCGGAGGCGGUAGUCCAUUUGGAGAUGCGCACUUUGCAGGUGGCAGUGGCAGGGGCAGCCGGCGACAGAGAAGAGGUGAAGAUGUUGUUCACCCUUUGAAGGUCUCCUUGGAAGAACUUUACAAUGGCACAUCAAAGAAACUGUCAUUGUCGAGGAACAUUAUUUGCUCAAAGUGCAAAGGGAAAGGUUCCAAAUCCGGUGCAUCCAGUCGGUGUGCAGGAUGUCAAGGUUCAGGUGUGAAGGUCUCAGUGCGUCAGCUCGGCCCUGGUAUGAUACAGCAGAUGCAACACGUCUGCCCCGAUUGUAAAGGAUCUGGCGAAACAAUUGUUGAAAAGGAUAGGUGCGGACAAUGCAAGGGACAAAAGGUUGUGCAGGAUAAGAAAUUGUUGGAAGUGCAUGUCGAGAAAGGAAUGGCGCAUGGGCAGAAAAUUACUUUCCAAGGCGAAGCUGAUGAAGCGCCUGACACGAUCACAGGCGACAUCGUCUUUGUCUUGCAAUUGAAAGAGCAUCCUAAAUUUAAAAGAAAAGGCGAUGAUUUGUUUGUGGAGCACAGUUUGAGCCUAACCGAAGCUCUGUGCGGUUUCCAAUUCCCCCUUACACAUCUUGACGGACGACAGCUUCUAAUAAAGUCCACCCCUGGAGAGAUUAUUAAACCAGGUCAAUUUAAGGCUAUUAAUGACGAGGGUAUGCCACAUUAUCAAAGACCAUUCAUGAAAGGCAGGUUGUACCUACAUUUCUCAGUUGAUGUCCCUGAAUCCGGUUCUUUGUCGCUCGAGCAAAUCAAGGCUCUAGAGGAAGUACUUCCGCCGAGACCGACUAACCAGUUGACAGACAUGGAAUUGGACGAAUGUGAAGAAACCACACUUCAUGAUGUUAAUAUCGAUGAGGAAAUGAGGAGGAAGCAGACCCAUGCCCAGGAAGCCUAUGAAGAGGACGAGGAAUCAUCAGGUCCUCGUACUCAAUGUGCACAACAAUAGAAUCUGUAUACUUGAUAGAGGCGCUGAGCUAACUUUAGAGAUGGAGGUCAUGGUUAAUUAAGAUUACUCUACUCAAUUUUCCAAUCCAUGUCCUUCGUUAAAAUUAGAUGGUAGGGUGAUGGAUUAAGAAGGUGAUGGUUUUGAAAUUUGUAGGAUGGCUAUAAGAUUAGUUGACAACGAUACUGCUCAUUGAGCGUUGCUGAUCCUAAUGAUGGAAAUACGAAUACAUUUCAGAUUAUUCUCCCAA